CUUAAACCUUCUGCCGGACCGAAACGUUUCCGCUCUCAGCAAUUUUGGAGAGAUGGGCGCGCGCAGGAGUCCCGGUUCCAUCCUCCUCUCCGCGAGCAACCUCGGAGCAUGUUUCAGCAUCCCAUUUGUCAGGAGCGACGCUCAAUAGCUGGAUGACGGGAUGCACGCACCUUCUCCAGUUUGUAUCUUGGACUGAUGUGAUUGAACUAGAAGCCAAACGCAAGAGGCUGAAUCUCUCCACAGAAGAAAAAAAAAACUUGAGCGAAAAAAGAUGUUUUUUACUUUUUUAUUCAUCCCGGAGUGAAGUGAGGAUUGUAUUUCUCUGAAGUCACACAGUCAUGACCCAUCGCAGUGGAUGCGUGUAACAUGAUGCUGGUUAUGAUCAAUCGAUUCUUUUCCAAAGGGAUUCACCGCGGGCAGGCACGUUUACGCACGGGGUUAAAGGAUAUACUGUAGGCACACCUUGGGAUUGUUCGUCAUGAGACGCUGGAUGUGAGGGAGGACUGCAGCCUGUGAUACUAGACCGUGCUUUUUUGGAUCUGAGCGCAUCAACACCAUGCAGCUACACCCCACACCCUGAACUUCUGGGACAUUUGCGCUGCGUUAUAGAGACUCGGAUUUCGUGCAAGAUCUGACACACGCAAAAAAAGAAGAAGGGGGGAAAAAAAUGGCACUGAGCGAAAACUGCAAAACGCAACCUGCAAAAGAGCAAGGCUCAGUGCAAAACCCUCCAUCGGAUGUUAUUGAGCUAAAUGUGGGUGGACAGGUGUAUUACACCCGACACGCCACCUUGACGAGCUUUCCUAAUUCCUUACUUGGGAAGCUGUUCUCUAACAAGAAGGGGUCUUCAAAUGACCUGUCCCGGGACCUCAGAGGACGAUAUUUUAUUGACAGAGAUGGCUUUCUGUUUCGGUAUGUAUUGGAUUACCUUAGAGACAAGCAAGUUGUUCUCCCUGACCACUUCCCUGAGAGGGGGAGAUUGAAAAGAGAGGCGGAAUACUUCCAGCUGCCAGAAUUGGCCAAACUUUUGUCCUCCGAGGAGUCCAAACUAUUUCCAGACGAGUUGUACUAUAGUGAUUUCGAUGACGCGUCGCAGGGCAGCGACCAGAGGUUUUACCCCUCUCACUCCCUGGACAGGAGGUACGGCUACAUCACGGUCGCCUUCAAAGGCGUAUGCGCGGCGGGAGGCAGGGAAAGUCAAACUGACGCCAAGGCCAAAAAGUUACCGCGGAUCUUCAUCAGCAGCAGGAUCGGCUUGGCCAAAGAGGUGUUCGGAGACGCCCUGAACGAGAACAGGGACACGGACAGGCCGCCGGACCGUUACACCUGCAGGUUUUACCUCAAGUUCAGGCACCUGGAGAGAGCUUUUGACAUGCUGUCAGAGAGCGGCUUUCACAUCGUGGCCUGCAAUUCGUCCCUGACCGCGUCCUCCAUCGGUCAUUACGCGGAUGACAGGGUCUGGUCCAAUUACGCACAGUACAUCUUCUACCGCGGGCCCUCAAGGUGGUCGUCCUCCCACUGCGACUGCUGCUGCAAGAGCCACAAGAGUGAGCGCGAGGGAGAGAGCGGCACUUCCUUCAACGACCUCUCCACUUCCUGUUCUGAGACCCAGUCGGAGGCCAGCUCCCCACACGGAACCGUGAUCUGCGGCCCUGUGAGACGGCAGUCCAACAUCCAGACGCUGGACCGCCCCAUGCCCAAAGGACCAGCACACAUGCUGCAGCAGGCAGAGAUGCGCCGUAAGACUGACAUGCUCCGCGUGAGAACCUUUGGGGUCCGGGAACGAGAGGCCGCGAAGAGGAAAGCGAACAAGGAGAAGAUGACCCCGGAGCAGGAGCUGGAGAAAUGCAUCCAGGACUUCCGGCGCAUUAGGAUUCCCGAUCACUUUCCGGAGAGGAAGUACAUGUGGCAAUCAGAGCUCCUGAGAAAGUACCGUCUCUAAAAUAUGAGUGUGAAGAGGUGAUAAGACAGAAGAAAGAGAGAGAGAUGGUGCUGUGGUAUCAUGUGACCAUCAAUGAAGAGUAUUAACUGCAUAGACAAUAGACUGCACCCUCUAAGACACAUACUGUACUAGAAAAAAAAUCUAUGGCCACUUUCCCCCGCCAGCAUGACUAGAGGAAGCACACACAGUACAAGGCAGCGUGAGUCAUUGAUUUGUGAAGUAUGCACAGUGUUGUGUAUGAUAUGCACAUGUGUAAAUCAGGUUACUCCUGCUGGGGCUUACAUCGCUAACCCUACUCUCACCUCAGAGAGCUGGGAGCCAGGUGUACUAAAGGCUAAUACUAUAUCACUAGUUGAAGCAACAAAGCAACCUCAGGGGCAACAUCGUUUCAAUUCAUCAACCUAUCACACACUGUAUGUGCAAUUGCCCUCAGUAGCUGUUUUUUCUUUUUUAAAUGGAUGUACCCAGAUGGUGCUGUGAGUUAGCAAUGGAAUAUCACUAUACUCCACUGAUAACACAUAUACUUAUAGUAAGCUUUGGUAACGGCACUGCAUGUCAUUUCACCCUUAGCAUAAUUAUGCAAUAUCAAACAAACUUUCAAUUCACUGUUCAGUGUGAUGGGUAAACAUGGUUGUGUCAUGACUGAACUUAAAUGAGGAGAGCACUGCCUAGAUCUGUUUACCAUUGUGAAACUUUUUGUCUAAUGUCAUUUACGUGUUGGAUAGAUGAUGUUGUGUAGGUAGAAUAUAAUGCCAAUGGAUAUUGAUCUAAUCCUUGAUUGUAAGUGUGCAACAAAGCUAAUAAAUGGGUUAGAAUUGUAUUUAUUGAUAGUGGACCUUCUUGUGACCAUAAACACAUUUAGAUUUAAAGAGAUAUUCCAGUCCUUUUCGACUUUCAGCUGCAGUAAGAGUGAUACUAUU